GGUCACGGAGAAUCGCCCGCUGGCUUUGUAUGUGGGCAUGCUGGUCAGUUUGCAUGGCCAUUCCAUUCCCCUCAUCUGCCAGCACGGAUUCAACCUGCUGCAGCAACUACUGCUGGAUCACAGACACGCAGCCACCAUUCGAUGCCUUGAGCUAAUUGUGCCCUUAUUUUUAGAAACUCCUGAAAGCCUUAGGGGCUUCGGACUCGAUUACGAAGCCCCUGAUUGAACCUGGCCAGAUGCCUUGGCUCAUGACUCACACUCCCAUUAAUGGCUACAACCAGAGCUUUGUGGCCACACCACCAACAAUAGCACCCGAAAGAUCUGGACUGGAGACCUUCUACUCCAUUAGCUUCAUGUACUACAGCUUGAUUGGCACGGCACUGACUGUCAUCAUCGGCACCCUGAUCAGCCUGGUAACCCAGCACCCGGAUGAUGCCUACGAUGGCAAGCUGCUCCACCCUUUGAUCUUCCGUCUGUGCGAGCGUUUCUCUGGCCAGAAGCCGUACUAUGUGAAGCACGAGGAGGAGUCUGGCCUGAAUGGGCGUAACAGCAGUGAGUCCUCGGCCUCCGGAACGACAACCUGCAAGGAGGAGAAGAUCAAUCACGGCUAUGAAUCCUCGCCGGAGGAGAAGGAAAAGAACAAUCCUAUUGCGGUGGUUUUUACGACGUCAGAAGGAGCCAAGGAUCAGCAGUCCAUCUGCGACAGUAGUCGCAUCCAAAUGGACACCGUGCCGGGAGCGGGGGAGACGGGCGUAUACCGCCAGCUGGCUGGCAGAUCUGCGCUCUGAGAUCUGUCUUAGCCUGUCCAAUUAGUUCGUAGUUCGCUAAGCUAAGCCCUAGAAUAGAUCAAUUAGUUAGCCAAGUGUUUUUCAAGUCUAUAAAGAUGCUGUGAUUUUCUGUGCGCGACUAUUGUUGAGCAAUGUUCGCGCCUGUUGUAGCAAUCGAGUUUCAUUCGCAUGUACUUAUCGCAUGUGUGUGCGUGACAGUGUGCAAUAAAUAAAGACAAAUAAACGUAUUUUUGUACAAAUCA